AUGCUAGGCACUUCUAAAGAUAGUCAAGCCGAGGCUUCCCUUGAAUCACGCCUUAACAAGCUCGAUGAAGUUGAGAGAAAGAUAAGCCUAAUUAUUCAGCACGCUGGUAGUGCUCUCGAAGAACUUUCAAGAGAUAAACCAACGGUAAAACAAGUCGAAAGUUGCACACAUAACUUCCGAACAGUUGUUAAGGAAGUAGAGACGGAAAUGAAUUCACACAUCAACUACCUAUCACAUAUUUCCGCGGGAUUACCAUAUGAAGGAUGCACUUACGAUAAAGCAAUUGACCUCUACCAGACUCUUGACCGACUAGUUGCUGCCAAACGUCGUUUAGAUUCCUGUUUGUAA